UUGUGUGAUCAUGGUUCCGGAAAAAUAUUAAAAAUGGCAGCAUCCGCGGAUCAUAGGAUGCAGGCUCCGCCGGGAACACAGAAUGCUCCAUCACAACAACAACAGCAGCAAUUAACAGACUCCGAUCCUGUUCAUAGAGUUAAGAUCCUUGUACCACGGCUGAAAGAAUCACUUGCGAAUCUAAUCAAAGUAGCAGGCCAGUCUUUACGUCAGAAUGCUUUGACAGAUGAUGGAUUACGCCCAGCUGACAGUCAACAGCAAAAGUUUGAGAAAAGCCUUGAGGAGUUCUAUUCCCUCUGUGACCAGAUUGAGUCAAAUUUGAGACUCGCAUUAGAAAUACACCUACAGAAUGCAGACAGUCAGAAGUUUAUCCCGUUUACUGUGAACGUGCCGAAGGAAAACAACCAGUGGCCCGAAACCCCUACGGCUGUCCCCUACACACAGUUCCUCUCAAUGGUCAAACAACAAAUCGGCUGUGCCAAGGAAAUUCAUGAUCUUCUUAUGGACUGCUCAAAGAAAAUUACUGACUGAUGACAGGAAAGUUCCCUGUCUGUUAUUUCUGAGAAAUAUGGCAGUCAAAAAUGGUUGAAAAAUUGACUUUUUAAAAAGAGUUUAAUAGAAGGAACGAACUAUGGGAAUGCCUUGAAGUCGGUCAUGAUCAAUUGUUUAGUAAUGAAGAUGAAGUGGCGUAAAAUCUAACAUUCCUGAACCAAUGAUCCUGAAUACGAGAUAAGUUCAGAGAUGAUAUCAUGGUUGUUUGGCUGAUGAUUACAAUGCUUGCACACGGACUUUUCCUGAAAUAUAGUCAAUAGAUAUUCCAUGUUGACCUAUAGGUUUGAAGGACAGCAGAUCACUACAAAAUUGAGCAGAAUUAAUGUUAUUUAAGAAUAAGAUUAAGUUAAUUACAGUAAUAUCUAUCUUUUAAUGGUUUAUGUAUUUGUACUUAUCUCCUUUUUGCACAAAUAAUUUGAGGCGGUAGCUUUUGAAAUAUUACAGCUAUUACCAGUUGUUAUAUUGUGGCCGUAAUUAAAUCGAUGACGGACUCUGUAUGUGCUAACUACAUGUUUAUUACUACAUGGCUAUGGUGCCUUCUGAUACAGAUACAGAAUACAGUGUCAGUAUACACCUGUGUAAUAUCCAUGAUCGGGGCCUGGACUGAUAAAGUUAAUUAAAUACAGGCCAGUCUCACUCAGAUCUUAUUAUCGUCCUAAUGGAUAUUUGACUGGACAUAACAUCAGUGUUUGGCAGAAACAAUGCAAAAUUUUGAAGGGAAAAUUAGAACUUCAGUAACUUUUUCAUGAGGUAUUCUUAAUUAUUAGAACUGACUUUGUGGUGAAAAAAAUCCUUGUCACAAAAUAUUCUCCAAGUCAAUGACACUAUUUUCAGUGUGGAGCAUUAUUAGCAUAUUAGCCUGAUUUUCCUCUGGUCCUGUUACCAGACAUUAGGCAUUUUGAUGGACAGAUGUCUAUGUCAGAAUGUCUUGAAAUCUGCUGUUGAGAGUGAGAGGGAACAUCUGUUUGUGAAAGGAAGUAUUUGUGUGUGAGGGAGUAUUUGUGUGUGAGGGAGUAUUUGUGUGAAUGAGAGAAAUUAUGGCGUGUGAAAGGAUGUAUUUGGUUGUCUGAGGGAAAUUAUGGCGUGUGAAAGGACGUAUUUGGGUGUUUGAAGGAAUGAGAGUAUGUGAGAGGGAACAUUUGAGUGUGGAAGUGUUUGUGUGUGGUUGUAUAUGAUAACUAUUUCUGAUAAUGCAUGAACACUCAUUAAAUGAAUAUGAACAAUAAA